CAACGUUUAGCGGCAGCAGCAUCCAGAAAUUAAGAUGAGCCAAUUAGAGGUGGUUGAGAUGGAGGACAAGAAGCAGCAGCAGCAGCAGCAACGAGAAGAAGCAGAAGCAGAAGAAGAAGCACCAGUAGUGCCUUCAUCGUUGCGAGCUGCGGCAACCUGCAGGAGCCUGUCGUCCUUGUCGUCGUCGUUGCGGUGGGAUCAUCGUGGGGACGACGACGAAGAGGAAGCUGAGCUGAGAUGGGCGGCCAUCGAGAGGCUGCCCACCUUGGACAGGAUGCGCACGUCGGUGCUGUCGUCGGAGGCGGUGGACGUGCGGCGGCUGGGGGCGGCGCAGCGGCGGGUGCUGGUGGAGAGGCUGGUGGCCGACAUCCAGCGCGACAACCUGAGGCUGCUCCGCAAGCAGCGGCGGAGGAUGGAGAGGGUGGGCGUCCGGCAGCCGACGGUGGAGGUGCGGUGGCGCAACGUGCGCGUGGAGGCGGACUGCCAGGUGGUUUCCGGCAAGCCGCUGCCCACGCUCCUCAACACCGUGCUCGCCACCGCGCGGGGGUUGAGCCGCCGGCCGCACGCGAGGAUCCCCAUUCUCAACGACGUCACCGGAAUCCUCAAGCCUUCCAGGCUGACCCUCCUCCUUGGACCUCCCGGCUGCGGCAAAACCACCCUCUUGCUCGCCCUUGCAGGAAAGCUCGACAAAAAUCUCAAGGUGACCGGUGAAGUUGAGUAUAAUGGUGCCAAUCUGAAUACCUUUGUUCCAGAGAAGACAUCAGCUUAUAUUUCUCAGUAUGAUCUUCAUGUCCCUGAGAUGACUGUCAGAGAGACACUUGACUUCUCUGCAAGGUUUCAGGGCGUUGGCACUAGAGCAGAGAUCAUGAAGGAAGUCAUUAGGAGGGAGAAGGAGGCCGGGAUUACCCCUGACCCUGACAUAGAUACAUAUAUGAAGGCAAUAUCUGUGGAAGGCUUAGAAAGGAGCAUGCAGACAGAUUACAUUAUGAAGAUUAUGGGACUUGACAUUUGCGCUGACAUAAUAGUCGGAGAUAUAAUGAGAAGAGGUAUUUCAGGUGGUGAAAAGAAGAGACUAACCACAGGGGAGAUGAUAGUUGGACCUUCAAGAGCACUAUUCAUGGAUGAAAUAUCAACUGGGUUGGACAGCUCUACCACCUUCCAAAUUGUUUCUUGCCUCCAACAAGUGGCUCAUAUCUCAGAGUCUACCAUACUGGUCUCUCUCCUUCAACCAGCACCAGAGACUUAUGAUCUUUUUGAUGAUAUUAUCUUGAUGGCUGAAGGAAAAAUUGUAUACCAUGGGUCUAAGAGUUGCAUUAUGAAUUUUUUUGAAUCAUGCGGGUUCAAGUGCCCGGAAAGAAAAGGAGCAGCUGAUUUUCUACAGGAGGUUUUAUCUAAGAAAGACCAACAACAAUACUGGAGUCGUACUGAGGAAACAUACAACUUUGUUACUAUUGAUCACUUCUGUGAGAAAUUUAAAGCAUCUCAAGUUGGUCAAAAUCUUGUUGAAGAGCUUGCGAAUCCCUUUGAUAAAUCAGAAGUAUACAAUAAUGCUUUGUCCUUAAAUAUCUACUCUCUAACCAAGUGGGAUCUCCUCAAGGCAUGUUUUGCAAGGGAAAUUCUUCUCAUGAGAAGAAAUGCCUUCAUCUACAUAACAAAAGUUGUUCAGCUUGGAUUACUUGCUGUUAUUACUGGGACAGUGUUUCUACGGACACAUAUGGGGGUCGAUAGGGCCCAUGCUGACUAUUAUAUGGGUUCCCUCUUCUAUGCGCUCAUUCUUCUUUUAGUUAAUGGUUUCCCUGAGUUGGCUAUUGCAGUUAGCAGACUUCCCGUCUUUUACAAACAAAGAGACUACUAUUUCUAUCCGGCGUGGGCUUAUGCAAUACCUUCUUUUAUACUAAAGAUUCCACUUUCUUUAGUUGAGUCAAUAACUUGGACAUCAAUAUCUUACUACCUCAUUGGCUAUACUCCAGAAGCAUCCAGGUUUUUUUGCCAGCUCCUCAUUCUAUUCCUCGUCCACACUGGAGCAUUAUCGUUGUUUCGAUGUGUCGCCUCAUACUGUCAAACAAUGGUGGCUAGUUCAGUUGGUGGUACCAUGUCAUUUCUAGUCAUCCUUCUAUUUGGGGGCUUUAUCAUUCCUCGGCUAUCUAUGCCUAAUUGGCUAAAAUGGGGAUUUUGGAUCUCUCCAUUGUCAUAUGCUGAGAUAGGGUUGACUGGAAAUGAGUUUUUGGCACCACGAUGGCUAAAGACCACAACGUCUGGUGUAACACUUGGAAGGAGGGUACUAAUGGAUCGAGGACUAGACUUCUCUAGCUACUUUUAUUGGAUUUCCGCCAGUGCAUUGAUUGGGUUUAUUUUGUUGCUUAAUGUAGGUUAUGCCAUUGGCUUGACCAUUAAGAAACCUACAGGAACUUCCCGAGCAAUUAUAUCUCGUGAUAAGUUUUCCACAUUUGAUAGAAGAGGCAAAGACAUGUCCAAGGACAUGGACAAUAGGAUGCCUAAGUUACAAGUAGGAAAUGCUUUGGCACCUAACAAGACUGGGACGAUGGUGUUACCUUUCUCACCACUUACAAUAUCAUUUCAAGAUGUGAACUACUAUGUAGACACCCCCGUGGAAAUGAGGGAGCAAGGUUACAAGGAGCGAAAGCUACAACUAUUGCACAACAUCACAGGAGCUUUCCAACCAGGGGUUCUCUCAGCACUCAUGGGAGUUACUGGAGCAGGAAAAACAACUCUACUUGAUGUUCUUGCUGGAAGGAAAACUGGUGGUGUUAUUGAAGGAGAUAUACGAGUAGGAGGUUAUCCUAAAAUUCAACAAACUUUUGCAAGGAUAUCAGGCUACUGUGAACAAACCGAUGUCCAUUCCCCACAAAUCACAGUGGAGGAGUCUGUUGCAUAUUCAGCUUGGUUGCGGCUACCAACAGAAGUCGAUUCAAAAACAAGAAGAGAAUUUGUUGAUGAAGUUAUUCAAACAAUUGAGUUGGAUGAUAUUAGAGAUGCUUUAGUAGGACUACCAGGGGUAAGUGGGCUAUCUACAGAGCAAAGGAAACGUCUCACUAUUGCAGUGGAGCUUGUGUCCAAUCCUUCAGUCAUAUUCAUGGAUGAGCCAACAUCAGGCUUGGAUGCACGAGCAGCUGCUAUUGUCAUGCGUGCGGUGAAGAAUGUCGCAGACACAGGUCGAACAGUUGUGUGCACCAUUCACCAACCAAGUAUUGAAAUAUUUGAGGCCUUUGAUGAGCUUAUGCUAAUGAAAAGGGGUGGAGAGUUGAUAUAUGCUGGGCCUCUUGGACUCCAUUCAUGUAACGUCAUCCACUAUUUCGAGACAAUUCCCGGGGUACCCAAGAUCAAGGAUAAUUACAACCCAUCAACAUGGAUGCUCGAAGUUACUUGUGCAUCUAUGGAAGCUCAAUUGGGGGUAGAUUUUGCCCAAAUUUACAGGGAAUCAACCAUGUGCAAGGACAAGGAUGCUCUAGUGAAGAGUUUGAGCAAACCAGCUCUAGGCACGAGUGAUCUCCAUUUCCCAACACGGUUUCCACAGAAGUUUAGGGAGCAACUAAAGGCUUGCAUCUGGAAGCAGUGUUUGUCAUAUUGGAGAAGUCCUUCCUACAACCUAGUGCGAAUUUUAUUCAUAACAAUCUCCUGCAUUGUCUUCGGUGUAUUGUUCUGGCAGCAAGGUGACAUCAACCACAUAAAUGACCAACAAGGCCUAUUCACCAUACUAGGGUGCAUGUACGGCACCACUCUUUUUACUGGCAUCAAUAACUGCCAAUCGGUGAUACCGUUCAUAUCCAUUGAGCGCUCUGUCGUUUAUAGGGAGAGGUUUGCAGGAAUGUACUCUCCUUGGGCCUACUCCUUGGCACAGGUUGCAAUGGAGAUCCCUUAUGUGUUGGUGCAAAUAUUGUUGAUCAUGUUCAUAGCUUAUCCCAUGAUAGGGUAUGCAUGGACUGCAGCUAAGUUCUUUUGGUUCAUGUACACCAUAGCGUGCACGCUGCUGUACUUCCUCUACUUUGGAAUGAUGAUAGUGUCACUCACCCCAAAUAUCCAAGUGGCAUCUAUAUUGGCAUCCAUGUUCUACACCCUGCAGAACCUCAUGUCUGGCUUCAUCGUGCCUGCACCACAAAUUCCAAGAUGGUGGAUAUGGUUGUACUACACUUCCCCAUUGUCGUGGACACUCAACGUUUUCUUUACCACACAAUUUGGGGAUGAGCAUCAGAAGGAGAUUUCUGUAUUUGGAGAGACUAAAUCUGUGGCCGCCUUCAUUAAGGAUUACUUCGGUUUCCGCCAUGACCUACUGCCACUAGCAGCCAUAAUUUUGGCCAUGUUUCCCAUCCUGUUUGCCAUCCUUUUUGGUCUCAGCAUCUCCAAGCUCAACUUCCAAAGGCGAUAAAUAGCAUACAAGUGGCAUAUGACAUGCUUCAUUCCUUUGGCACAUAUACAUAAAUAUACAAUUGGGCACACCAAGAUUCUAUACUCACUCCAAUGGUGUGGCAUUGAACCUACCACCUCUCCUAGUUCUUAAUAUUACAUAACAACUAAAUCUAAAUGGAUAGCCCUAUUUCCUAUAGGAAAAAUGUGGGUAACACAUUUCAUGAAAAAUAUGAUUUAUUUAUUUUAGAAAAUAUUGUGAUAUUUUUCAUUUUAUCCGUAGCAAAGCACGGGCAUUAGCUAGUAUUUAGAAAGUUGUUCAUGAACCUUUGGUCCAAUCAUUUGAUGAGAAAAAGAAACAGAUAAAUUUAAAAGGAGUAAAA